CUUGCGGUUGGGGGGCUGGGGGCCAGAUUCCUGAGCUCUGACUGAGCCACUGACUGAGUCCAGGCCCCAGGAGCACUCAUGGAGUUGUUGGCAAGGGGUCUGAGCUCUGGUGUUCUUGGGGGGCCCAGGGUUGUGGCCUUGGAAGCCAGGGUCCACAAUGGGGUUGGGGGCAUCGAGGUCCCAAUGGAGGAUGGAGGUGGUGGCUGGGACAACUCAGAGACACAGAGGCCCCAGUGGAGGGAGGGGCCAAAUUCCUUCCUAGGUUCCUGGAGGAGAUAGGAGAUAGGAGAUAGGAGAGUCGGAGUUGGGGGCUCAGCCCGCCCCUGGAGGGGACUAGGGGAACUGAGGAUCAGGACAGCCGCGUUCGGGAGAGGAGCGAGGGUUCUGGGCCUGCAUCUCUGGGUCCUUGGGCAGGGCUGGGGGCCAGGGCCUGCAUGCCGGGGCUCCUGAGAAACAAGAACCAGAGGGAAAAGGUGUCGGUCCCUAAAAGAGCAAAGAGCUGAGACAGAGCCAUGACAGGAGAGAAGGGAGAAGAGAAUGGGGAGCCCGGCUGGGACCCAGGAGAUCUCACGCUGGAGGAGCUGAGUGAGGGCCAGGCGGCCGCGCGCGCCCUGGAGGACAUGCUGGCUCUGAGCUCUCAGACGCUACUUCAGGCCGAAGUGGAGGACCUUUAUGAUGAGGUCCGCCAGCUGGGCCGGGGCCGCUUUGGCCGAGUUCUGCUGGUCACCCACCGACAAAAAGGGACCCCCAUGGCUCUUAAGCUUCUGUCCAAGGCCUCCACGACGCGCCAAGGAUUCCUCUAUGAGUUCUGUGUGGGACUGACCCUGGGCUCUCACCCUGGCAUUGUGGCCACCUAUGGCAUUGGGCUGGAGACCAAGGCCUGCUACGGCUUCCUCUCGGAGCCUGCGCUCCACGGGGACCUCAUCGCCCUCAUCCGGCCCAAGCGGGGGCUUCCUGAGGCAGCGGCCCAGCACUGUGCAGACCAGCUCUCCUUGGCCUUGGAGCACAUCCACUCCCAGGGCCUUGUGUACAGGGACCUGAAGCCAGAAAACGUGUUGGUCUUCGAGGCCGGCUGCCGGCGGGUGAAGCUGACCGACUUCGGGCACACUCGACCCCGGGGGACCCUGCUGCGCCUGGCUGGGCCCCCCAUCCCGUACACUGCCCCGGAGCUCUGCAGCCCGAGCCGCCGGCCUGAGGGGCUGCCCAUCCAGCCCUCCCUGGACGCCUGGGCCCUGGGAGUCCUCCUCUUCUGUCUCCUCACUGGCUACUUCCCCUGGGACCAGCCAUUGCCCAGCGAGGACCCCUUCUACCAGGACUUCCUGGACUGGAGAGGUUCUGGGAGGGCCUGUGACCGCCCCGCACCCUGGGCCGGUUUGAGCCCUGUGGCCGAGCGGCUGCUGGGAGUGCUGCUGGACCCUCAGCCCCGGGAUAGGGGCCCCGUGGGCUCAGUCCGGGCCUUUCUGGGCCAGCCCUGGAAGGAGAAGUCUGGGAGCCCAGAGCUAGCCAGGAGGGGAGAGAAGGAGGAAGAGGACGAGGAGGAGGAAGGUGCAGAGUGAUAGAGAAUGGGAGGGAAUCCCCAAGAAAGUGCAUGGUUCUCUGCAUGGUGGGGGUGGGGUGGGGGUGAGGGGUGAUCAGGGCCAGGGGCCCCUCUGCUUCUCUUCAGCCAAAUAGUCUCCCCAUCUUCACUCUGAGUCUCUCUUCCUCAGUUUCCCCUGUCUCUCCCCAUCUCUCCCUGCCCUGAAGUCUCUUCCUCUCAGUCUCUUUUCUCCCACCUUCCCCUUUGGGUGGGGUUUGUUUCUCUCUGGGCCUUCCCUAUCCCCACCCCCAGGCUCACCCUGUCUCCUCUCUCCAAUAAAGCCUGAAGACAUUUCUCUUUGCCCUCCCA